AUGUCAGCAGACCUGUUCGCAGAGUUUGGAGCCGAUCCUCCUUCCAACCAACAGCAACACGCUACAGCUUCCGGAAAACUAAGUGGGCCUGCAGCGUCAGAUUUCAGCUUCUUCAAUGACAUAAACACCUCAGCCCCGGCCGCACCACUACAACAACCCCGGUCAACGACUGACUUUCAAGGCUUGAGUUCCACUCCCAUACAAGAUUCGACAACUGAUGAUAACGAUGAAUGGGGCGAUUUCGAAGGCGGAUCAUCAUUCGAACCAAGCUCAGAUGCCCAUAAUGACCCGUUCGCAUUCACAUCGUCACAAGCCUCACAACCUGCAUCAAGCUUAUGGAAUAACGCGUCAACCACCCCAGAAGCUUUUUCGUUCCAGUCUUCAUCCCAGCCAGUCGCUCAAACGUGGCAACAUGCUCCAAUUAUAAAAGCCAAGAAGUCGGCGGAUCCGAGCGUAUUAUUUGAUGCAGAAGAUGAUUUUGAUGACGAGUUCGGGGAAUUUGAAGGCGAACAAAAAGUAAACGAGGCUGAGGCUGCAUAUAAUGGACCCAGCGCGCCAUCCUCAGCACUCGUGGAUCUACUGGGUGACAUGAGCAUCUCGCAACCCAAGUCUCCCGUCACUAGCGGAAAAAACGAAUUUGGUACACAUGGACCUUUGAAGAGCACUGGUAAUGCGAAGAAGAGCUUGAAAUCUGGGUUCGGUGCUGCCUCCAAACCGAAACAAUCAUCAACUACACCAGUCGUACCGCAAGACGACGGUGGAUGGGACGAAUUCGACGACUGGGAAGCUUCUAUACCCUCCAAACCAUCAGCGAAACCUGAAGCUAUACAAACUGCCGAGGCCAACCAAACGAUUACUACACCGAACCCAAUACUAUCCCCAAUCCCGAAUGAUCCACAACCAGGAGAGCUUCCGCCUACAAAUGUACCACCGCCCGGUGUGCUGCUAUCACUCUUCCCCCCUCUAUUCACAGAAGCGCAAGAGAAACUAUUCAAGCCCAUGGCAGCACAGCCUCUACCGAUGAGGAACAGGCUGAUGGCGGAGCCGGCUACGAUUGUCUAUCUUCAAGGUUACCUAAUGUUGGCAAAUGUGGCAGCGCACAUCAUAGCCGGACGGAAGCUGCGUUGGAAGCGGGAUCAGCAUUUGUCGCAGGGCAUGCGAAUUGGCCCAGCGUCAUCAAGAGCCACUUCUGGGAUGAAGUUGACGGGUGUCGACAAGGGCGAGAACUUGAAAGAGGAGCGGGAGGUGUCUGACGUGGUCAGGAGUUGGAAAGAGCAAGUCGGACGACUGAGACAUGUUGUGUCUGGUGUAAAUCAAAUCAAAGCCGGCACUUUGGACCGCGGGCCGGAUCUACAGGACACGAUGCCAGUCAAAACAUUGAAGCAGUCUGAGGGUGGCAUGCCGGCACGGCAACCUUGCAUGCUGUGUGGGCUCAAACGAGAAGAAAGAGUGACUGCAGCGGACAUGGCGACAGACGAUAGCUUUGGCGAGUGGUGGAUUGACCAGGUCAACAUGCAUCGAGAAACUUUUGGAACGAGCAUAAGGAUAGUCUUCGACAACGCUGAGGACUGUGGGAUUCCCCGCAUCACCAGCUCUAGUACACGGGGUACGGCACACGGCGCUUUGAGGAGUGGCAACCCACCAAUGACCUCGUCCGGGGGAAACGGAGCCGGCACAAGCUCGCCAACGUCGACAACCUUGUACAUGACGGAGGCAGCUGUGCCCGGCCUGGGAACAGGCAGUCCUCGCACGCCUCAGGGAAUGAGCAGGCCAAACCACCAUGGUACGUCCAGUGGCUCAGGCUCGCUACCAGAAGAAGCACCCCUCGAGUCAUUACCGCAGUCCUCAUCGCACGCUUCCGAAUAUGCACCGUUGGUCAAGACGAAAAGCACUCCGAGCCUGCUCGCAUACCGCUCAGGAGCCUUGCCGCCGCCGAUAAACACUGCGAAGCGACUCAGCAUCGAUGCCGGCCAACUAGACCGCAUGGCAAGAUCACCCAUCCUGCCUGAGCAUGAGCACGGCCUAGGAGCUUCAGGACUUCGCCGCAUCCGCCAACAGCCGGCCCAGAGAGCAGCUUCCCUCAACGUCGCGACCCCACCAGCAUCGCGACACGCCUCCGAGUCGGCGCCCACAGCCCCUCCGUCCCCAACCUUUGCCUUUGGUGAAGACCUCUCGCGUUUCCCCUCCGAGUCGCUGCACUCAUUCUCCUUUGCCACACAGUCGGAAGACUUCAUCCACAACCGUCAGAAUGUCCUGAAGCGGUCCAUCGAGUUUAUGCGCGAUAGGCUAGGCUGGGCCGCCACCAACCCCGGCAUAGCAAACGCCCAAGCAAGACUCAGCGGCGACCAGGAGGUGCAGAGCAUGAUGGAGCUGCUUACACGCGCCAACCUGAUCGGUCAGGACGGCACCGGCGCCCAUGGCCUGGGUGCUCUUGGGCCUGUCACCGGGCCCGCCGACAUGUCUGGCGAGAACCCGUUUGACAAGGGCUUCGUGGUCCAGCGGUCCGAGAGCCCUGAGAACAUGCUCAAGGCUGCGAAGCCGCCAGUGCACAGGGCCUCCAUCACACCCGUCGGACCCACAGAUAUGGACGAGUCGUCAAGUACAGAACUGCCGCCCGCAUCUCCACCCCCGCCGCCCUCGCGACCUCCGCGACCUCAACGCGCCGCCCUCAAACGCACCCUCACCGACGUCGUGCCUCUGACGAUACAGAGCCAGCUCCACGAUGCCCUGGCCCAACCCUACCGCGUGGGCGACCAGGAAAAACUCGGCGACCUAGUGUCUCCCACCACUAUCCCUUCUCUACAACAUCCGAGCUUCAACAACACGCCAGGUCCGCAUGCGGCCGGAUCCGCGCCACACGGCCACGGGAGCCGACACGUCCCUGCAGCACAAGCCAUCUUCACAACCGGUACCGAAACGCCGUGGACCAUUACGUCUGCAAAUGAUCUGGCAUGCUUGGUCUUUGGCGUUACGAGGGCCGAAGUCCGCAAGCUGGGUAUACUAGAAGUCGUUCGAGAGGACCGUAGGAAGUGGCUCGAGAGCAAGCUUCGAGAUCCUGACACUGGCUCCAAAGCAGCUGCGUCCAGCGCCGCACCCUCGACCAAAAACCUCAACGUUGGAAGUGGUGUUACAGCCCGGCUGCUGAGCAAGGCUCCCUCACGCGUAACGGCUGCCAAAAAGGCCAAGACCGACGACGGUAGCGGGUCUUCAUACUACAAUGCGAAAAAGACUGGUAAGCUUAACCACGAGCCAAAGGGCUCAAGAGGUGUCUUGCUUUGCGGCGAUGUCAUACCCAUACAGAAGCGGAACGGCUCGACUGGCUCGGCCAGCUUGUGGGUCAAGGAGAAGCGGGGCAGUCUCAUCUGGGUACUGGAAGAGAUUGCCGAGGACGUAGUGUAUAUCACCGUUGAUGAAGUAGGCUGCGUAUCCAAGGGCUGGGGCGCGACCGAAGCAGUCUUCGGAAGCGACCGAUUACGGAGAGGCAUGGACCUGAAACGACUCAUGCCAGGCAUACCACGACUCCGGGGUACAAACACCGGAGCACUAGACUAUGAGACCAUCGAUGAGUUCCGCAGCUACACAGCGCGAACAUCCAACAGCAUCAACAUACCCGUGACGGUGGAGGCGUUGCCGGGCGAGCCCACUUUCCGCGUCUCAAGUUUCCCGCACAUUGCUGGCAUCAUCGUCCUAUCAUCCACCGAACUCAAGAUCACAAGCUCCAAUUCUGUCUUCUCAUCCGCGCUGUUCGGCCAGCCGCGGCCUGAAGGCGUUCAUAUAAGCAAGCUUAUACCUGCUUUCGACAGAAUACUGCACGUCAUGACAGAUGAAGACAAGAUUGAAUUAGUCGAUGGCAUAGUCAUCCCUGAGCACAGCUUCCGUCGCGCCCGCGCUCUGCUGGCUAUGCGAGAAGGUAGUACAGAUGCUGCUGCCAUCUUCCUAAGACCAAGCGGCUUGCCAGCAUCUCAUCGUGACGGCUCGGAAAUAAUGGUAGACGUGCAGAUGCGUGUAGUGAAAAGCGAAAAGACGCCUCGCUUCGAUGAGAAUGUCAUCGAAGAGGAGGAUGCGCCGACGAAGCCUGACAAGGGCCCAGAGCUAGUAUAUGCUUUGUGGAUAACAUACUCGCGGCAGCUGCAUGCCGCAAACCAUGGUAUUGGUCCUAUGACCCCGCUCAUAUCACGACCCCCCUCACCUCGUCAACCUGAACCUGGUCAAUCAAACUUCCCCGUCCCCCAAGAGCCAGAAUCACAUCAGUCACAAGGAACACCGCCCUCGGUGUCGCUACUGACCCAACAGAUCCAAGAAGCUAUGCGACCUAACACUCCGCAAGAGCCCCAGAAAGGAUCCAUGGCGCCACCACCCACACCCAUGCAGGAAGAGCCAAUGAAGAAGAAGACAAUCAGUGAUUUUGUGGUGCUAGAAGAAAUGGGCCAAGGCGCGUACGGGCAAGUCAAACUCUGUCGAUACAAGAAAGCUAGCAACAAGAAGGUUGUGAUAAAUGCCUCUCGAGAUUCAUGUCUUGGAUUAUCUACGCCGCGAUGGGUUUAA